CCGUGGUUUCGAAUCAUUCACAGUCAUUCCACGACGACGGUAGGCCGUAGCAGCGUCGGUGAAUUCCUCCGUCGGGACGCGCUCGUCGCGAAAACGUACGUCGAACAUAGUGAAUCUUUAUCGAACUUCAUUUUCCGAUCUAUAUACGGUGUGCUGAGAUAUACGGUUCAAUCUUUGGUCCACAUGACGAUACGCAACUGGCCCGAAGAGAACGAGAAAUGGCAUAUCUAUUUUAAGGCAGUUAUCUGAAGUUUCCUCGUCGCCAGUGAUUGCUACAAUAUUUCAAAACUUUUCCUCGUCGACGAGGGAAAAAACUCAGAAUUCUCGCUCACGUAAAUGAAAAACACCCGACAAUUUCUUAUAAUUCUCGAUUUCUAUAUCCACGUUCAACGCUUUUCCAAAUCUCGACGUGUACUAUACCCAGAGUUCGGGCCACCAAUCUUAGCACCCGCUGUAUGAUCCACAGGUGUAUCAUCCACCUGUUCCAAUCGACUUCCCUUGGAUUACCACUGUGUCAGUGCUAGUGAUUUCAUGCUCCAACGAGCAGCCCGAAGAUCUUUGAAAAGUGUGUCAGAAAAAUUCUACGAUCGAGUACAAUAGUUGGGAUCGUUUGAAAUUGGUGAAAUCUUGGAACACUGGAAGCGUGAAAUCUUGGAACGGAUUUUUAUCGAGCGCCCUUUCGUCGAACGAGGUUAAAUUCGAUCCUAGGUUGCUUCACGAUCUUCGGUUAUGGCUGUAAGCGUGGAACGGUUCGUUCUUUGAGAUCGCUCGAUAUUCUGGUGCUGGUCGAAGAAAGUGGAAGUGAACGGAGAUCGAAAGUCGUGUUUCGCAGCGGUCUUCUUCUGGCUGAGAGCACACGGUCUCUUCCGUUCGAGGGUACGGCGCAUGGUCGAUGCUUCUCACGAGUGUGGUGUCGGCCGAGGCUCGUCGAGGAUUAAAGUUCAAAAGCCAGAUCCAGUCCCGUCGUCCCGAUCCCGUCCCUGAAUCGGCCAGGAGGCCGCCAGUGAAUCGAGGAUCGUCGAUCGGUGCGGACGCGACGUCUACAACGCCGCCAAGGACGCCACGGCAUGGUCAUGGACACGAGCACGGUCCGUCUGGUGAUAUUCCUAGGGAUGUUCCUGGUGUUCGCCGGGGACUACAGUUACCUGAUCGCCACCAUAUUCGGUAGACCCGCCGUGAAAAACUAUACCGAGCCCGCGAAAGGACCCGUGGGCCCACCCAUGGAAACGUCACGCGACAGGACACUGGCGACGUCGCUGCAGAAAGAUGACAGAGAAAUCGCGCUCAUGCGACGGGCGCGGAUGAUGACGACGAUCAAGACUGCUUGCCUGCCCAAGCUUAUAUGCGAACUGACCUCGUUCGUUCAUCAGGAUCAGCUGAGCGAGAUGGAGCGAUCGCUGCUGAACUUGAUCAGGGACACGAGUUUGAACACAAUGGCGGAAGUGCCCUCGAGGUACCACUUCGCAGCCCAUAUGGGUCAGCUGAUAUCCGGCGUGGAAGGUCAGGGAUGUCAUAAUUUCUACCCCACCUGUCCCCUGCCUGGCUCCAGCGUUCUGAACAUGAUGAAGAAGAUUCGACUGCGCUGAAGCGAUCAAACCCUCCACUGUCGACGACAGAAAAUGACAAUGAAGCCUGUGAUAUCGCGAACGAUUUCUCUGGCAAUUCGAUAGUCCGUGCCCGGACACAAUUCUAACAAAAUCUGUGAACCUGUUAUCACGCAUAGACCACUGAUCGUGAGAUUACGAGAUACGAACGUUUAUUUCCUUCUCAUUUCAUCGGUAUUAUUUUAUCAAUUAUUACAAUUAGCUUGUAGACAAGGCAAGAGAAAUCUUUCCAUUAGCUACUCAAAUUAAUAUUAAUGAUUGAAAGUACUGAAAGUCAUGACAGUGUCGCUAUUGGUAAGAUUACGUGAUUUUGAAUCGAGCUGAGAGACUUUCUGUAUUGUUGCGUAGAAGUGUUGUCGAUGAUAAUAAACUAUUGCACUCGACUGUUCCGAAUUUCUCGUUGGAGUAUUAACGUAGAUUACGCUUAAGAUUAAAUAGUAUUUAACGCGUCGAAGAGGUUCGUUUAUUGGUCCAUGACCGAACGGAAAUUCACCGUUAUUUAUUGUUCGUAGCGUUUUAAUCGCUCUAACACUAAAAUUUCAUGUCUGUAUGUUUCUACGUAUCGCGGACGUUUGAAUCGGCGUGUACGAUUAAAUUGUGUAUUAUACCAUCGCGCAUUUUACGUUCACUGAGAAAUAAAGCACGAGUAAACGC